ACACACUGGAUUUAUUAAUCUUUGUAGCUUCAUAGAAGAUCGAGUGGAUCAAUCUCCCUUGACGCCUCCCUUAAACGAGCUUCAAGGAUGAGAAACAUCAAAGCAAAAACGUUGGUGCUGGCUGGAUCUCUUGGUCUGUUGGUCCUCCAUCUUUGUAAAGACUUUAUUGAUCACAAAACCAUUCACAUUCAAGUAGAUGUGAAGGACAGUGACAGUAAAAUAAGGCAACCGGCCAAAAACAACUCCUACGUAUACACCUGGCCAAGAUGUCAACGAAAUGUGUCUGCUGCCAACAUCAAAGGCUUCAGCUCUCUUCCUGGUAGCAUACAAAACUUUCUCUACUAUCGACACUGUCGCCAUUUUCCCAUGCUACUGGACAUUCCUGAUAAAUGUGGAGGAGCUGAUAAAUCAGCAGAAGUCUUCCUUCUGCUGGUCAUUAAAAGUUCCCCUGAGAACUACGACCGUCGAGAGGUUCUGCGCAAAACCUGGGCUAAAGAGAGGUUACACAAUGGUGUGUGGAUCAGAAGGAUCUUCAUCUCAGGAACAACUGAGACUGGUUUUGAGAAAGAGAGACUGAACAAACUACUCGAGCUGGAGCAACAGGAGUACAACGACAUCCUCCAAUGGGACUUUAGUGACACAUUCUACAACCUCACCUUGAAGCAGAUUCUCUUCUUAGAAUGGAUGGAAAGAAACUGUCCGAACGCUCGCUUCCUGCUAAAUGGUGAUGAUGACGUCUUUGCCAACACAGACAACAUGGUUGAGUUUCUCCAAGGCCUCAAGGAUAAUAAUGGAAACAAACACCUCUUUACUGGCCAUCUGAUCCAGUAUGUGGGGCCCAUUAGAUCACCAGGGAGCAAAUAUUUUAUCCCAGUUCAGAUACAGGAGUCAGAUUCCUAUCCCCCUUACUGUGGGGGUGGGGGCUUCCUCUUGUCUGGCUAUACCGCUUUGGUAAUAUACAAUAUGUCCCAGACCAUUACCAUUCUUCCCAUUGAUGAUGUUUACAUGGGGAUGUGUCUGGCCAAAGCAGGACUCAGUCCUGUUUCCCAUAUGGGUGUGAAGACGGCAGGACUGUACAUUCCAUCCAGCACCCUAGAUAAAUUCGAUCCUUGCUAUUUUAAAGACGUUUUACUGGUACAUCGAUUCCUUUCAGCUCACAUGUAUGUUAUGUGGCACAGAAUACAUGAUCCUAAGCUGAUUUGUGGUCCCUACAAGAAAGGCUUUAGCAGCAACAAAAAGUAACUGCUUUCACACCUAACCUGUUUGGUUCGGUGAAAACAGAUCCUGGUGCGUUUGAACAGUUAAUAUAAUUCUUUUGGGCAUUGUGAAAGCUGUCAAUCAAACUCUGGCGCAGCCUAAACAACUGGGCCGAGAUGCUUAAAAAGGGUCUGCCUCCAAGUGGACUCUAGUGCGGCCGGCUUGUGAUUUUAUGACAACCACAGGAUUUUAUGAGAGCAGAUAAUAAUUUUUGAAUUAUUUCAAAAGCUAAUCAAUUCAUCUGUUUAUAGUGAAAUCCGUUCAGGAAGGGAUAUUCUAAUUGAGCUGUAUAAACCAUGUAUAUAUUUGUGCAAAUCAUUUGGUAACUAGAUAUAGACAUCAGUGCUGGUAUUUUCUGUGGGCUACCAUCUGCAAUUCCUUUAAUGAUGACUGUAUGGAAGAGUGUGUUUUGUGUAUUACAUAUUUAUAUAAUUGCUGUCAGCUUAAAAGUGUGAUUGUGUUGUUACUAGGGAUGGGUAUUGAUUCAAGAUACAUUUUGACUGCCAAGUGAAUCAUGUCCAAAGCACAUAAUUGUCCCAAAAACAGCCAACUACUACUAAGUUAGCACCAAAUGCUUGUUAAUGCUGCUUAAUGAUUGGUCAGACAUUUUCUGUUUAAAAUAUUCCUUUUUAAUAGUAUUUUAUAUAGGAAACUAUUGAUACCUUUUGAACAAUACUCAGCUCUAAGUGGGUAAGGGCUAUAUGGUUACGGUGUCCACAGGUUUACAAAAAUAUAAUUCAGAGAUAAAACUCAGGGUUUCUUAAGUCUAAUGAUGUAAUGUUGUCUAAUGUAAUUUUCUGCUAAAGCAACAUAAGUUGACAUUUUUUUUAUUUAAAGAUGUUUUUUAGCACAACCUGUAUAUUACGGUUAGAACAAUAUGUUCAGAAAGAGAUUAAUAUUGUGUUUGUGUGCCUUACAUAAGUGUUUCUCAACCAGAAACACAGUUAUAAUUGCAAAAAGAUGUUUUGGAGGAACGAAAUUGUUUAUGUACUGUCAAAUACUUAGAAAAUACAAACAGUUACAAACAGUAA